AUGGCUACAACUCAUGCCAACGGUGCCACCGAGGAUGUCAAAACAGUCGGCUACAUUGGCCUAGGCAACGCCGGCUACCCCCUAGCAUCAACACUGUCACGAGCAGGCUACAAGCUUAUCGUGCGCGACGCCGACGACGCUCGAACCAAGAACUUCGCUACGGGACACAACAACGCAAUCGUUGCAUCAGCAGACGAUGUUCAAGCUUUCAAGGAUGUCGAUGUCUUAGUCACCAUGCUACCCAAUGGCGAGAUCGUUCGGGAAGUCCUACUGGAUUCGAAGACGGGACUGGCGAAGCAUCUCAAGGACCGGGCCAUCAUAGUCGAUACUUCCUCCUCGUCACCUUUCCACACCAGGGAGACGGCGGAACUUCUAUCGGGGGUCAAUAGCACUUUAACAAUAAUCGAUAGCCCCAUUACCCAAGCCUACCAACAUGCUCUAGCGAAAGGUGACGCAACACUCAUGGUCGGAUGUUCGAAUCCUGUAGCGCUGGAGAAGGUAAUGCCGAUGCUCAAGACCAUGGGCCGACACGUCCAUGUCAUGGGUGAGCUGGGAGCGGGCCAUGCGAUGAAGACGCUUAAUAAUUACACUUCGGCUGCUAGUAUAUUGGGUCUGUGCGAUGCGUUGAUCGCAGGACAGAAGUUUGGCCUGGAGCCGGAGAAGAUGGUGGAGGUCAUGAACGUUGGGACUGGUGUGAAUUUCAGUACUAAAGAGAGUUUCCGGACUGAUGGCUUGACUCGCCGCUUCCAGUCGGGAUACCAGCUUUCGUUGCUGCUCAAGGAUAUGAAGAUUGCGAAAUCUGUCAUUGAGGCGAUGGAAGUGCCUUCCUCUUUGGCGGGGCUGAUAGUAGACGAACUAUCGUCAGCGGAUGCGAUCGCCGGGCCUGGAGCUGACCACACGCAGGUGAUACAAGGCUGGGAGAAGAAGACAGGCGUUCAGCUGAAGCGUAGUGAGCUACCUGCUGAUGCAUAG